GCACCGCGCGAACCUCUCGUUUUUGUCUCCAUUUUGUCACUGGCGUCGCGUCGACUAUUCGAUUCGACUGUAACUUUCGAUAAUCGUUCGGUUUUCCGCGAGUCGCGUAUCGGUCGGUAAGGUGAACGCGGACGCGAACGCGAGUAUACAGCGUGGAAGAAGUGAAAAAAGAAGUCGGCGAAGAGAGGGCAAGAGGCAAAGCAUAGCAAGGAAGAGCUGGCAAGCGAGGAAACGAGAACGAGUGGAGGAGACGAGAGGGAAAGAGGACUACUACUCCUGGGGCCCCCCACCACGCGGGCUGCCGCCGCGACGCCAGUCCGUAGUCAGUCAGCGCUGGACCGCCGCCCGCUCGAUUUCGCGAUCCACGAACGACGGUAGCCACCACUUCCACCUCCACCUCCUCCUCCACCUCCGCUUCUUUUCUCUUUACCUUGCUCACGUUCUUGCCCUCUACCCCUGCAUUCUUUCUCGCUCUGUCCCACGCUCCUCCUUUUUUUUUUAUUUUACCUUCUUCGUUUCUCUCUUCAUCGAUAUCCAUCCGCGUUUCUUCUUCGUCUCUCUCUCUCUUUCUCUCUCUCUCUCUCUCUUUCACUCGCUUCAUCUUUAUCUUUCUCAGCACUUUUCGCGAUCCUCUUCUCUUUCUGUUCCUCUUUUCCACCCUUGCGCUUUCAAUCGGUCUCCGAGGUAUACACACUCAGAAACGAGCACGCACACAGAUGCGAUCGCGUAUCGGUUUCUCCCCUUGUUUCUCUUGCUCUUUUCCAUUUUCCUCUGUCGAGCGAGCUUUCGCUAGCUCCGUACGUACGAACGUGCGGCAUACCCGACGUUCUCGUAACCUUCGUUCGAGCAAGCGUUCCUGCAUUUUCAAACAGUGAAGUAUACCGCAAGUUGCAAAAAAGUCGUGCCUCGUGCCUCGAUCUUCCUCGAUUGCGAUACGGCAGUGAUGUACACACGAUAAUAAUCACCCUUGGUGAUCGCAAGAUUCAGAUCGAGAGUGAGUCGAUAGCGUAUGGAUCAGGAAACUUGGCGACUUUCUGGCCUGUUCAAGUGUAAACAGUGCGCGACAUUCCGUGAAUCUAACUACAAUAGCGAAACUAGAAAAUAUUCUCCUCGUAUACGAUCUAGCCGAUAAUAGUUGCGUUCUUCGUGGUUACGUAGUAGUGUACACGGGCACCGAUAUAGGUGCGGUUUCCUCGUAAGAGAAAGAAACAAAUCGGAGGACGAGAAUGACACCGAUCGUCGAUGCAUCGAUCGCAACAACGAAACGAUCUAUGGAAAUCGCGAUGAGGUAGUGCUCGUUGCGUAGGCGCGUGUGGGUGACUGUAGUGCAUAGAAAAAGGGAAACUUGGAACAGUUUCCCGCGGAAGAUCUACGCCGGAUCUUCGAGUGAGAUCGCGACACACGACCGUCACAUGUUUGGGUUCCGAUCGACUGCGUUUAACGAGCCAAGACCUGGAGGCCACAGAGAGAAUCGAGCAUCCCCGAAGGACGCAGAUGCCCCGAAGGAAACAGCACGCUCCGCAACGUAUGAAAUGUAAGUAGUGGUCUCCGAUCGUUUGAAAAGCGAGCGGCCCGCAGCCGUCGCACCGGACGGGAGACAUGCGCAGCAAGCAGCAGCCGAGGCCUUCUUUUCGGUGGCCGCAGCAACGCGGCGAUAAUCUUACCGGGGAGGACGGAGUCGAAGGCUCAGGGCCUGGCGCGGACCUCCAGGGCGAGGAAGGCGACUGCGUGGAGGAUGACGGCCCAGUUAGUCCUAGCGAGAGAGGUUGCACGACGGCAGCCAAAGAGGAAGAGGAUGGGGACGCGACCGACGAGGAAGACGACGAGGACGCAUCGCCGCCCACUCCACCGCCUUCCGCAACCGCGAGACUGAAUCCUACUAUUUUAAGGGACACUGGACCACCGGACAGAGAGCCAAUGAGCCCACGCUGUCCCUCGAGAGAUUCUCGGGAAUCGUCCGGCCCGGCGACCGGAAGUCCUCCGCCGCCAGCGACGCGAAGCACCGCGAGCCCGGUGAGUCCGAGCGGGAUCGUGCCAUUGCCGCUCGGAAGCCAUCCACUGCUACCCCCUCAUUCGGCGGCGAUGAUGGCGGCGUACCUGCAACAGACCCACCAGAGACUGCUACUCGGCCACUCGCCGCUAUCCCGUGGCUCCGUGUCUCCGUUGGUAUCGUCGUCGUGCUCGCCACCGGCAGCUACUCCUGGCCUUCUGGUCUCGCCCAGCAGCGUCGGCGAGGUAUCGCCGUCGGCCACCCCGUUGCCCGCGGUGCUCGACUUCAGCACGAGGAAAGCGUCGUCGACGGAGGACGACGAAGAGGAGCAGAUACUGAACCUCAGCAAGCCGCCAACACCGUCCUCCUCCACGGAGGCGAACAACGGACCUCUGGAUUUAUCGGUGCCCAGUAGAAAACGACCUGGACCGGAAGAUUCUCCGCCGCUGCCCGUUCGCAAGUCCUCCAGGUUGUCCGCCGGCACGGCGGCGGCAGCGGUGGCGGCGGCGGCGGCUGCGGCGGCCGCGGCGGCUCAUCAGGAGGCCGCUCAAGCCGUCACGGCCGCAGGUUUCGGCACCGCCGGCUCCACGUCCGGCAGUCGACACAGUGCCUGGCAGUCCCACUGGCUGAACAAGGGGGCCGAUCAAGCCAAGGACGUGCUCAAGUGCGUAUGGUGCAAGCAGAGUUUCCCCACGUUGGCCGCGAUGACGACUCACAUGAAGGAGGCGAAGCACUGCGGCGUGAACAUGCCCGUGCCAGCGGCCGCGUCCGCGCUCCACCCGCAGCCACCGAGCGUGGCCAGUAUCGUGACGCCGCAGCAGCCGCAUCAGCCGCACCAGCCGCACCAGCCGCAAACCACCGCGUCCAGCAACAACGCUGGCUCCGGCGCCGGUGGUGGUGGUUCCGCGACUCCGAGCAGCAAACAGAGUCCAUCCGAGUUGAAUCUGCUGAUCAAGGAGACGAUGCCUCUGCCGAGGAAGCUGGUCAGGGGUCAAGACGUUUGGCUGGGAAAGGGAGCCGAGCAGACCAGGCAGAUUCUCAAGUGUAUGUGGUGCGGUCAGAGUUUCCGCUCUCUCGCCGAGAUGACGUCGCACAUGCAGCAGACGCAACAUUACACCAACAUCAUCUCCCAGGAGCAGAUUAUCUCGUGGAAGUCGUCGGACGAGAACAAGAGUGGCAGCGGUGGAAGCGGAGGAAGCGGAGGUGGCGGUGCAGGCAGCGGAUCCGUAACCGGCGCCGCUGGCGGCGGGGGUGGCGCGGUUGCCGGCGGUGGCGCGUCCGGGCCGCACGCCGGAAACGCUACCGGCCCAGGCUCCGGCGCUACCAGCAGCCACGUGAGCGCCGUGCUCACGUGCAAGGUUUGCGAUCAAGCGUUCAGCUCCCUGAAAGAACUGAGCAACCACAUGGUGAAGAAUUCCCACUACAAGGAGCACAUAAUGCGAUCGAUCACCGAGAGCGGCGGUCGGAGGCGGCAGACGCGGGAGAAACGCAAGAAGUCGUUGCCGGUGAGAAAAUUGUUGGAACUGGAACGAGCGCAGAACGAGUUCAAGAACGGCGACGCGGCUACGGGGCUGAGUCACAGCCUCGGCAAACACGCCGGUCGUAUAACGUGCGAGAAGUGCGGCGAGAAGAUCGAGACGACCAUCUUCGUCGAUCAUAUACGCCAGUGCAUCGGAGCGGGCACCGUGGGCGCGAAUCAGCGAAACUUCUUGAAGAACGCGUUGAUGUCGAAUCACCUACCGGCCACGUUGCCGCCGACCGAGACCGGCCGCAAGAGCGUCACCGAAGACGGUUCGUCGGUGUCCUCGAGACACCAUCGGUCGCCCUCGUCGGCCAGCGACGCCACCACACCAGGAAAGGACACGCCGACACCGACCGCCGGCGAGACCACCGGUAGUUCCUCGCCGUCCGUGUUGAACGCCAUUGAGAAACUGAUCGAGAAGAGCUUCGAUUCUCGCGUGAGGCACGGUACACCGGGUCUGCAUCACGCUCAACCCGGAGCCCCGAUGGGUACAAGCAUCUUGAAGCGGCUGGGCAUCGACGAGAGCGUCGAUUACACGAAACCGUUGGUCGAUCCACAGACGAUGAACCUUCUCCGGUCGUAUCAGCAACAGCAUCAGCAUCAGCAACAGCAGCAACAUUAUGCGACAAGUUCGGCCGCGCGGCGGGAACGCAGCGGAAGCGAGUCGAGCUCCGUGUCGGAACGAGGAAGCGGCGGUAGAACCGACGCGAUGACGCCGGAGAGACGCGUGGACCUUUCGUCGGUCGGCCACUCGGACACCAGGCAUUCCCACCAUCAUCGGGUCACGCCGGACAAGCAACUGGGUGCGCAAACCUUGCCCUCGAGUCGUCACCAUCCAACCACCGAGGAAUCCGGGGACGAGGAGUCGUCGACGACCGCAUCCGUUUCCGUUGCCGCGGCCAGUUCGGCCGCGACAUCGGCGACGAGCGUGGUGGUCAAGAAGGAGCCCCGAGACGACGAGUCGGAGGAUCGCGUGGCGAACGAGGAGGAACAGUCGCAGACUCAGUCACAGUCGAACCGCGAGGUGUUCGUGAAGAAGGAGAUCAUGGAGGAUUGCAGAGACGAGGAGGAGCAAGGUUCGUUCAAUCAUCGACGAAGCAGCUUGCACGAAGGAUCGGAGGAGGGUCGAGAGGUGUUGUCGCCUCGCAUGAACCCACCGACUCCUAGAUCGAGUGGCCAACCGGAACAGAUCGCGCGCAGCCCCUGCAGGAACAGCACCAGCAGUCCGACGAGCAGCGACCGGUCGGUAACGCCGCGUGGAACACCCGACACGAAGGGGUCGAGCAGUCUCGGGGCGCUUUCUUCCAUGUUCGACAGCCUGUCCGGUGGCGGAGGUGGCGGAGGCGGCGGUAGCGGUGGCGGCGGUGGUGGCGGUAGCGGCGGAGGCUCGAACAACGCGGUCGACUCUCAGGGACGCAAAACCAGCAGCCAUCCUUUGGCCGCGCUGCAGAAACUUUGCGACAAGACGGAGACGCGAGGACCUAGUGGCAGCGCGGCCCGAUCCGGUGGCGGUCCUGGAGCCGCGUCCGGUCUCGGAGCAGCGGCUGGAAGCGGCGUGGGCGCGACCGGACCCGGUUCCGGGACGACUCCGGGAGCGAUCUUGGCGUUCAGCUGGGCCUGCAACGACGCCGUCGUCACCGCCGACUCGAUCAUGAAGUGCGCCUUCUGCGACACGCCGUUCAUCUCCAAGGGCGCGUACAGGCAUCACCUUUCCAAGAUGCACUUCGUCAAGGACGGCGUGAUUCCCGAUCCACUGACGAUCGGCCGAUCAGCGGCGGCCGCGGCGGCGGCGGCGGCUGCUGCUGCGGCCGCGGCAGCAGCGGUCUCGCAAACCUCCGCCACCGGACCGCCGCCGGCCGGUCACAGUUCUUCCUCGCCCCCGACUUCACAGCGCAACAAGUCGCCGCCGCUUGCACAGGCGAACGGUAGCCCGUCUCAGUCAGCGGCCUCUCCCCUCGAAGAGAGUCCGCACUCCAAAUUUCUCAAGUAUACGGAGCUGGCCAAGCAGUUGUCCAGCAAGUACGUAUAGUCCGAGCCCCGUAAGUAGCGGUGCCACUUGUACAUAAGUGUAUCUAUACUGUAACGACUGUAACUAGCGACGCGAUUGCAACACCAUUUCACCUCCUUCGAAACCUCCGCCUCGGGACACCCAUCCUUUUUCGCUCGCGAUUCCAUUAUCCGGUCUCCGCUGUUUCCUACCGCCUCGUCUCUCGUCUUUCUCCCCUCCCCUCCCUUACUCCGUUUUCCACCCUCUGUCCGCCAUUCGCCCCCUUUAUGCCUAUCGCUCCUUUUCGCCCGUUCAAAUCGAAUCGAACCAACUCGUCACCGGAUAAUCGAAUCGCGCAACGAACACAGAGGGAGGAGGCAGAUAUCGAACGUGCGUUGAUUAAAUUGUGAUGCCACCAUAUCUCGCGGCACUGCUGAGUCAAGGGGCUCGGCGAGCGACAAAGUUUGUGAUUUUAUAAAUACUUAAGGACAUUUACGACUGGCGGUUGAGAAAGAGAGCAAGGCGAUGCGAAAGAUCGUGCGAUCGACAGAGAGAAUUUGUAUGCUUGAACGUGCGUGUAUCUACACGUGUGUACGUGUACGUGUGUGUGUGUGUGUGCGUGCGCGCGUGUGCGCGCGCGUUUCUGUGUACGAAAAGGAGAAUGCGCGUGGUAGAGAAUAAACGAACGACUGCAAACGAGUGCAAGCGGAGAAAAGAGCAGCAAAGGCAGAGAGGAUAGCGGGCGAAAAUUUUCCAAGGUGUAGGACGGUAAGGCUUACCUGUCACACAGCUGUCGUAAGGUCAGAUCAGCAUGUAUACCUCUAGAACAUAAGAGCGUAGUUGAUUAGCGCAUAGGCUAGGCUAGGGUCCGCCCUUGUAUAGGAAUCUCUUUGUUGAUACUUAGCGCUGCGAAACCGGUGAGAUCGCGUUCGGGAUUCGGACCUCGUCCAAAAAAGUCAACGAGUGUUCUGCAAAGCGAACCGGCUGACGAGUACGACGACGACGACGACGACGACGACGACGACGACGACGACGACGACGACGACGACGACGAUUGCAUUGAGUGAGAGAAAAGCGGCAUAAAAGGAGCAUCGAGAGCAACGAGAACACGGUGCAAUAGCGAGGCUCGCGGUUAUACUCGAAACACACGUGCGCGGCGAGUCGAGCGCGCGCGACGCGGCCUCCUCGAACGUUAUCGUUUUCCUUCGCUCGUAGCGUACGAGUAGACCAUUGUAAAUUUUCUUUGUUCAAAUAAUAUUUAUUGCGCCGUGCGAGUCGACGCGACGUUUUAAGUGUAAAAUACUGUCAUUACUAUCGCUCGGAUUAUCGCGAAUACCGUGUAUAUUGAUUACGAUUACGAUUAUUCUCUAUACAAUUAACGAAUGGGGAAACGCAGCGAAAAAGGAGAAAAAAAAAAAGAAACAUUUCGAACGGCUACCAACACGCCGGGACUCCAUCGUCUCUCGGCUGAGCGGAAAAACGGCGCGCGACCAACGCGUUCUCUGGCGAAUCGUCUUCUGCCUGCGUGCGUGCGUGUGUGCGUGUGUGCGUGCGUGCGUGCUUGCUUGCUUGCUUGCUUGCGUGCAUUCGAGAACUGGAAAAGUAGGAACGAAAGGGAAACGAGAGUAAAAGUGGCUGACGCCGUGAAGCGGGCAAAAGCGACACCGCGAGAGAGGAAUUGAAAUCCGGACGAGUAUGAUCGCGCGAGCGAGAAUAUGAAUAACGUGUGAAACGCGAGAACGCAAAGAGGAAGGAAGAAAGUGGGCGGGAAAGAGCGAGCCGAAGGGACGAUGAUUGCGCGCGUUCGAGGACGAGUUAAAAGCGCAAUUUUGGAGCGGAACACACUUGUAUACGUAUUUCUUGUAAACUCUAAUUCUUCCAUCGCGGACUUUAAAAGUAUUUAUCGAUAUAACGAUAAUAUUAAUAUUAUUAUUGUAAUUAUAUACGACUGCUGAGAGAAUGUGGCGGGUAUAGGAGAAAAAAAGAACGUGGUCUACGCGGAUGCGAUACGCGGCAUCAUACGCGCGGAAAAAAAAACUAACGCGGCGCGUACGCACUCGCGGAUACGAGAAACGAAACGAGAAAUAGCCAACCGUGCGAAAAAUACGCUCGAAAAGUACCUACCUACUUACAAAUGCGCAACCACAAAGAUAUGCAUCAUGUAUACGCGACUCUUGAAACCAUUUUACCAGAUUUGUCAUUAUUUAAUUAUUUCGGUUGUAUUUUAAAAUGCAAUUAAAGCUCAAAUAAAUAUAUAUGUUAUAAAGUAAA